AUGCGAGCUCCAAUCAUUAUUUCGUCGAUAAUCUGGUUAUUUGUCGCAACUUGUACAAUUCAUUCUUGGCCACUGCCAAGAAACGUGUGCAAUUCUCCGAUUGGUUUACGAGAUAUUUCGAAACCAACAACUGUUGUCGGCAAUGGUACACCUUAUUCAUGUAAUCAAAACAGUCUUUCAGCUGCACUUCUCAAGGGUGGUAUCAUUACAUUUAACUGCGGUACACAACCAGUGGAUAUUGCUAUCAAUAGUGAAUUGCAAGUAUCAAAAACUAACGAUACUACUAUUGAUGGAGCAGGUAUUGUGACAUUGAAUGGAUUAGGUAUUACUCGUAUACUACAAUUUGAUCGUGGAGAUUUUCGAUAUUCAACACCGACAUUAACUAUUCAACGUCUUCGAUUCAUCAAUGGUCGUUGUCAAGAUUCCGAUGGUGGAUGUGCUAUUCUACAGAAAAAUGGUGGAACUACGAUUGUUGUUAGUUCCAGUUUUGAGAACAAUACUGGUCCUAUUGUUGGACAAGAUGUUGCUGGUGGUGCUAUAUGGACUUUAGGUGGUGGUGAUACUACUAUAGUCGGCAGUGUUUUUCAAGAAAAUAAAUGUUCCAAUGGUGGAGCACUCGGAAUUCUCGGUAGUGGAUUGUACAUAUACAAUAGUGAUUUUCGAAACAAUCAAGCUACCGGUAAUGGGGGAAAUCCGGGUAAUGGUGGUAAUGGUGGUGCAAUCAGCUUCGACGGAAGAGGAAGAACUAAUACGAUAUGUGGAACAAGAUUGACUGGCAAUCAAGCAAAUAAAUUUGGUGGCGCUUUCUUUCGUGUAUCAUAUAAUGGAAAUGAACAAAACAACUUUGAUACAGUGCUGAUAGAUAGCAAUUUCAUUUCAAUAGAUGGAAAUGGACUAGCAGGUGGAUUAUAUAUUCAAGGUGGCAGUGCAUCCAUUCGCAAUAGUGUCAUUGCCAAUAAUUCAGCAGGUGGUGCCGGUGGAUUAUUUUUGUCCAAUGAGAACUUUGUAACAUUGAAUAAUGUCAAUUUUUUGGAGAACAAAGCAUAUACAGGUCUUGGUGCUGCAGUAUUCUGUUCAAGUCCUGUAUCGGGUUCAUUUUCUGAUCUAACUGUGGCUAAUAAUUAUGCUGGUGCAUUCGGUGCAGCAUUUAGCUUUUGUAGUACAUCAGUAACACUUUCAAAUUCAAUCAUCGUCAAUAAUACUGUAGGUAAUGCUUGGCCAGCUAAUGCAUGUACGAGCAUGAUGAACGAUGGAACAGGUGUUGUUCAAUCACCGACCAAUAAACAACCCCCGGCUACUGGAGUGGAUGCUCCUUGUACAAAUGGGUCGUUAACAAUGACAAAUAAUAUCUCGGUAGUAUUGGAUAAAAAAUCAUGGCAAAUUCAGGUCCCUAAUGCACAAGUUAUAUAUCCAGGUCCUACGGUUGUUCCUGGAUUAUAA